AUGUGUAAGGGGUUAGAUUUUGAUAAGUAUACGUACCCUCUUGUUAUAAAGGCGUGUGUUGAGUUACGUGAGCUGAGAUAUGGCAGGUUGGUUCAUGCCCAUGUGAUAAAAAAUGGGUUUGCGUUGGAUUUGUAUGUAGUGAACAGUUUGAUGCGUUUUUAUGGUGUUUGUGGGUGUGUUGGGAGUGUUCGGAAGGCGUUCGAUAGAAGUCCUCUGAGAGAUUUGGUGUCUUGGACUAUUUUGAUUCAGGGGUAUGUGGACAAUGGUUAUUGGAAGGAAGGAGUGGAUUUGUUCUUUGAAAUGGUGGACGAUGGGUUAAGGGCUGACGAAAGGAUGAUGGCGGUUGUGAUAUCUGCUUGUGCGAAAUUAGGGGAUUUGAGAUUGGGCAAGAAGUUGCACGAAUAUGUGUGGAGUUAUAAGUUGAAUUUUGAUGUGUUUCUUGGGAAUGCGUUGGUCGAUAUGUACUUAAAAUGUGGUGAACGUGAUGUUGCUCUUAGUGUUUUCAGAGAGAUGCCGAUGAGAAAUGUGAUCUCUUGGAAUACAUUAAUAUCCGGAUUGGCUCAAAGAAGGGAAUUUAAACAGGCAAUGGAUGCAUUUAACGAAAUGCAGGAUCAAGGAGUGAAGCCUGAUGAGAAUACUUUAGUUGGCGUUCUGAACUGUUGUAGCAAUUUAGGGGCGCUAGGAGUUGGGAAAUGGGUGCAUAAAUAUGUAGAUAGAAAUCGGAUACAAGUAACAGGGUUUGCGGGCAAUGCUCUUGUUGAUAUGUACGCAAAGUGUGGAACCAUGGACGAUGCCCUUAAAGUUUUUGGAAGUAUGAGUACUAAAGAUAUUUAUUCAUACACAUCCGUGAUAGUUGGAUUGGCCGCACAUGGAAAGGCACGGAUGGCACUUGAUUUCUUCUAUGAGAUGCUUGAUAUUGGCAUACAACCAAAUGAAGUCACGUUUGUAGGUGUUCUCACAGCGUGCAGUCAUGGAGGACUUGUGGAAGAGGGCCAAAAGCUUUUUGCAGAUAUGUGGAGAGUGCACAAAUUAAAACCUCGAAUAGAACACUAUGGCUGUAUGGUUGAUCUGUUGGGUCGUGCAGGGUUGAUAGAUGAAGCAAUGGAGUUUGUACAACACAUGCCGAUAGAACCUGAUGCUUCUAUUUGGGGAUCGAUAUUAGCAGCAUGCAGGAUCCAAGGAAAAGUUGAACUCGCUGAGCAUGUGACUGAGAUACUUGUCAAUAUCGAGUCUGAAAAAGAUGGCACAUACGUACUGAUGUCAAACACAUAUGCUUCGGUCAGUAAAUGGAGAGAUGCUUUAGAAGUAAGAAAAGCAAUGAAGAGACAGAAAAUAAAGAAAGUUCCUGGAUGUAGCUCCAUUGAACUUGAUGGCAUUGUUUCCGAAUUUAGGAGAUGUGACAAAGCCCAUCCAAGAAGUAAAGACAUAUAUGCGGCGGUUGAGCAACUGACACUUCAUCUAACUGGUACAGAGGCCUUCUCAAACGGUAGUGAGUAUUUCAUAGUCUGA